CAAAGAUGUAUAAAAAGGCAAGAGAAGCUCGAUGAAAGUCACAGAGCAAAUUGGCAAUCCUCAGCUAGCACUUGAAGAAACUCAAGCGGUGAAGAACGAUCUUAGAAGAACAGUACUCAGUUUUUCCAAGAAUCCUCUAGUGAAAUGGCUUCAAAAAAUACGUUUCCGACAUGUUUGUCAGUUAUCCAGGCAUUCACUUGCCUGUGUGUCGUACUAGAGGCAGUACAAGCUAGCCCCUUGCCGCAGUAUACCACCAGCAACAGCAGUGUUAGCAGUAACGUUAGAAACGUGUCCACCUCACUGACGUAUCCCACCGUACUACCUCAUCACGCGAACGCUGAGCUAGCUGCGCAAGUGCCAGCAGCAGGCACGUCCAACCCGCUGUGUUCGCUGACCGGACAUACCUACAGCCAAGUCUUCCUGUCCAUGGAGUUGGUCUGCAACACGAAGAAGCACUACAGCAAGACCCACGGCUACAUAUCGAUCACGCUGCCUGGUGACAACAGUCUGCCACGUCGCUUCGAACAACAGGAUACAUGGCAGACCCAGCUGGGUAAUAUCGUGGCUGUUAUGGCUGAUGAGAAGAACCUGGGCCACCUGGAAGAAACACUGAAGCUGGAGAAGAUCGUCAACCCUGCUGCAAGCAACGUGUUCCCAUACCUGUUGGAAGAAAUCGCAAACCGCACUGCUGUUGUGAACCAUAUGCUCAGCACUUUGGUGUCUGCCUCAGAGGGCGUGAACGUGGACACGAUUGUUCAUGACGAGAGACCCCAGCAUCCCGAAGAUCAGUGGCCAGUACCACGGGAGCUAACGGAGAGCAAAGAGGAGUACAUCUACCUACUGAAGGAGUAUAACUACGGUGUGAUGUACAGCUCAUGCAGAACCUACAAAACCCUGCACGACACCAUGCUACUGGCAUUGGAUGCACACUGCGCACCAGCUGAAACCGGCGCCACUGAAACGCCCGUCACCAGCAACUAGCCCCAGAAAGUAUAAUAAUUUAUAGUGGUCGUAUUUAUUUAUAUAUUGAUUUAAUAAAUGGCCUAAUGCGAGUUGAAGUAUGCAUGUUUCAGCCCAAAGCAGCUUGUGUUCGCUAGCAAAGAAUCUCUAUUUCAACAAUAUAGCUUCAAGUCUAGAUGAUAAUAUUUAUACUGCACUCCACACCAUCCCGAAGAACAAACACCAGUGUAUUUCGCUAUUCUCCGGUCUAUUUCCAUGAAUAUGUUUUCCCCACGAUGAUUUAUGGAGCAGCAGAACAUAUCCGCUGCAAGAAAUAUAUUUAAUCUUAGAGGAUUGGAAAUGUAAUGCAUUGCCGCAGGAAGGAGACCGCAAUCCACUUCCAUUUUAAUCCUCCUGUCUUUCUAUAGCAGCAUAUUACCAGUGUCCAGGAUUAUAUUCUCCAUGUUUACACAAGUGCAGCUUUAUCAUUAAUAUGGACACAAACAUUCAGCAAUGCCUCUCGCUUUCUCAACCGCAUUGAAUGCAACAGUCGGAUUCACUUAUUCAUUCGACCUCAUGUCUAUAUAUAUAAUUAUUAAAAUGUUAUGUGCCUGCUGUAUGGGUUAUUGUUUCCAUGGUUUGUUUUUAUUUGAAGUCGAUGUACAAACUAGCACAUUUGUCUAGUUUAAUACUUCAUAUUGACUUUUCUCAGCUACAUGGCUCAUACUUCUUGUACCAGUUAGCUACCUCUCUCGAUACCAGUGUACUUCUAAUAUAAAAUUAU